AGCCAACCGUUCUUUCCCUUUUCAUUGUGUUUGUGAAGUGUAAAGACGUUCAGUUUGCUUUCGGGUUGUGAGAGUGAAGCCGGACCCUCUGUCACAUGGGAUAAGAGGCUUGUCUUAAUUCUCUAUGACUAUAGACAGAAGUCCUGUUAGUGGCUAACCCCCAGGACUCUAAGAAGAGCUGACACGCUUCUGGAAUGCUCCCGUUUGCUGGGAGACAGACAGGAUAAGAGUGGACAAGGAUUACUGACGUGAUGCCAGUUGGGGAUUCAUAAUAAAAGAAAAGAGGCACGGUCAACACUGUUGAGAGAUUCUAUGAACAAGUGGAGUUUGAUUAACUUGCAAAGGAUCAUUAACCCAAGCUGGAAACUGAGUGUUUCAUUUUAAGACUUGAUGGUGCAUAUCAUGGGAAUAAUUUGUCUGCUGCCAAAGUGAAGAGUCAUUAACUAGAGGGUCUAUUAUAACAGUUCAAUUGGCAGUAAUUGCAGACAAUGAAUGAUUUAUAUUUGUAUUUACAAACUUUGUAACUGAAAUGUUUCAAAGCAAUACAGAACUGGCAGAUUUGACCUUCCUCUUUUCAAAGGCUGAUUUGUUGAUAACGUCAAGACUUACGUAGAGUUGGAAAUCUAUUGGUCCCCACCAAUUUGAGUGUUGAUUUCUGCUCAAUUGGAUUAUCAUUGCUAGUAUUUGAAUCUUCUAAUACCGCAGCAUGUCAUUCUUUUCCCCAAUGGAGUUACGUAGUUAUUUUUGUGGAGCUUGACACUGUGAUAUGAAUUGGAACAUUACUUGGCCUUUUGUAAACAUUCAGUAUUGUUUCUGCUGAUUGAAAUCUGGAUUAAACAUGUCCAGAAUGUCUGCAGUUGGAGAGACCUUUGAUACAGAUCACCCUCUAUCCAUCUGCCAUGGUUGUCAAAACCUAGAGCAGUGUCAUCCUCAAAUCACAAAUGUUGGAGGAGGAUUCUGUUGCCAUGAGAACCAUUCAAAAAUAAUAAGAUUCACUUGUACAAGCACAUCUACUGACAUCUCAUCUACCACUCUGCCUGUGAUCUGCCAAACGUCUUCAUGGAGUCAGCUCCAUCUUACCAAAAGCAUCUCAUCCACCAAGGACACUCCUGAACUGGUUCUAGGACAGGACCGAUGCCUUCGAGGUGAUCCUCAAGACAUUGAUGAUGUCGGUUCCUCACCAUGUGAUCAUCACAAUCAAAGACAACGUAAAAGUCUUUCAGAAGCAUACCCUGAUCAGGGUCGCCCAAUGAGCCAUUGCUUCCAGAGAACAGUAUCUGCUUCCUCUAAGGCACCUAAAGUGUCUUUCAAUAGCAUAAGACAAACAAUAUCCUGUUCAUCACCCAAAUCUAAAACCACCUCAGGAUACUUUAGGAGAAUGAACACAAGAACAUUCCCCUCUAUUCCUGGUGCUGUAGCACUUGUUUUAGCCAUUCUUUCAUCUUGUGCAAUUCUAACUUCGGGUCAAGACCCUUGCAACCCAAACCCCUGUCAGAAUCAAGGAACUUGUAGCGGUGAGCAAGGAAGUACAUCCUACACAUGCACAUGUACUCCCCAGUUCUCGGGCCUUAACUGUGCCACAGAUAGAGACAGUAACGCUGCCCCACAAUUUCUCUAUGAUCUUAUCCCACAAGUGAGGAUUAUAGAGGGACAAAGCUCAACAAUAUUGGUGCUGACCUUGAAUGCUACGGACCCAGAUGGUGAUCAAGUGACCUUUGGCCUCUACAAUGACUUCGCAAGAUCGAUCUUUACUCUUAAUGAACAGACUGGACAGUUGUAUGCUGUUGAAGGGCUUGAUUAUGAGACCUUGGGAUUUCAAGUCACCGUCGAUGUCUUUGUAACAGACGGCAUCAACGAUCCUGUUCUCCAAAGUAUCUAUGUACGAAUCGUUGAUGUAAAUGACAAUGCCCCGCUCUUCACCAAUCUGCCGAAUAUUACCUAUGUCUUUGAGAACGCUACCAUUGGUCAUGAGCUCUUUCAAGUCAUUACCACGGAUGAAGAUGAUUUGUUUAACAGCAUUGUGACUUAUGACAUCUCACAAGUCAUCCCAAGCCAGCCGGGAGUUGAUCUGACAAAUUACUUUGUAAUUGGAGCACAAACUGGCAUCAUCCAGCUUGCUACAGCUCUCGACUACGAGCAAGUGACAGAAUAUCUUGUGACAGUGGUUGCCACGGACCUUGGGGUUAAUACUCGUCUCUCAAGCUCUGCUACAUUGACUGUCAGUGUUCUCAACAUCCAAGAUACUAGACCAGUCUUUAUCAAUAUCCCAUAUGACGUUACCAUCCCGGAGACAACACCAGUGGGAUCAGUUGUGCAAACUAUUACAGCUCUAGACCCGGAUUCAAGUGACGCAAAUACUAUCAUAUAUAAUCUUCUAGUCAGUGACAGCCAAGGUUACUUUGUGAUCAACCAGACUACCGGUAUCAUUACUGUCAACACUCGAAUGGAUAGAGACAACCCUGUCCUUCCAUCGACGUACCCGCUUAUUGUCAGUGCUGUUGAAACCAGUUCUGGAGGGGUGUCCUUCACGCAGGUCAGUUUCAACGUUACCGUCUCGCCUGCAAACGAUGAACCGCCAUCGUUUGACGAAAAUUCUUACACCGUCUCCGUCCCUGAAUCGGCGGCUACUUCUUCCCAACUCCCAGUCACCAUAACGGUUGAUGACGGAGAUCUGAUUACCGAUAGCACGAUAACGGUCUCUCUGCAAAAUGGCAACUCUGUUCCGUUCAGAGUUUCACCAACCCAGGUCUUUGGCAGUGGAGCAAUUGAUAUAUUCAUUACUCAGCCACUUGACUUUGAUGAUGGCACCAGACAAUAUACCUUACAGCUCUCAGCAGUUGAUGAGAGCGGCCAGGACCUGGCUCCCGUGACGGUGAUUGUUACCGAUGUGAACGAUAACAACCCUGAAUUCACCAAUCGACCAGAUGAUAACAUUUAUAGAGGGAGUAUUAACGAGAAUGACCAGACAGGCACGUUCAUCGUACAAGUGACAACAAUGGACAGAGACAGUGGACAAAAUGCAGCGGUCCAAUAUUCCAUCAUAAGUGGCAACCUGAAUGGUGUCUUUCAAAUCAAUCCUACAUCUGGUGCUAUCACAAACACCCAAGUGCUUGGACCUAACACCCCUCAGACAUACACCCUCAGUGUCAGGGCAAGCAAUCCUACCCAAGGUGUAGGAGUGAGUGGGGAGGCUAUUUCAACGGUCAUCAUUACCGUGAAUGAUGUCAAUGACAGUCCGCCUAGAUUCAGUGCUGAUGAAUUCACUGUAUACAUCAAUGAGGCUGCACAAGUAGGUACAACAGUGACCAGGAUCACGGCUGAUGACGAUGACAUCCCGGAAGGAGACCGACUCACUUAUGCCAUCACUGCAGGCAAUCUAGGAGGAUAUUUUCAAAUCAAUCCUGUGAGCGGGGAUGUCACUCUCCUGAGGCAGCUUGACAGGGAGCUUGAAUCUCAACACAACCUGACCAUCAGGGCCACCGACCAGGGAGCCCCGCCACAGACCGAUAUGACCCUCCUGAAGGUGAUCGUGCUGGACUUCAACGAUAACCCACCAAGGUGGAGCCAGCAGAACUAUGUGGAGAGCAUCCCCGAAGAUACUCCAGUCAACACUCUGGUUCUACAGGUGAUAGCCACCGAUGAUGAUGAAGGCAUCAACGCUGACCUUACAUUUGCUAUCAACAAUGCAAACAGCGUCCCUUUUGUCAUCGAUAAUGAGGGCAACAUCCGAACAUCUGGUCGUCUGGACAGAGAGAUGGAACCUCAAUACAACUUCCUGGUUACUGUGCUUGAUAAUGGUAGUCCUCAACAAGCCGGCAACCCUCCUGCUACUGUCACCAUCAACAUCCUAGAUGUCAAUGAUGAGCCACCCGUCCUUGAUGAGACUUCUUAUGAGUUCACCAUCGCAGAAGAUGUCAACUUCAACACUUUUGUUGGACAGAUUACUGCCACUGAUCCAGACCUCACAGGGACCCUGACGUAUACCUUCGUGCCAGCUGACCCCGACUUCAGCUACACGGCUGGAACCAUCCGGACCAAUGCCCAACUGGACGCCAACCAGCAACUGAUCUAUCAGAUGACCGUCUUUGCUUCGGACGGCGUGCAGAACUCGCAGUCGGCACCGGUCAUCAUCAAUGUGCUGGACGUGAACAACCAGCCGCCGUCAUUUGGGAUGGGCACCUACGUCAGGUCCCUCGCAGAAGACUCUCCAUUCCAGACUCUUGUGGUUGAUCUCAAUGCUACAGAUCCAGACAAUGGAAACACUGGACUGAUCAUCUACAGCUUUGAGAGUCUUAGCCGAACUGAAGGCCCCUUCACCGUCGAUCCUUACACAGGUGUCGUUGAGAUCUCAACGACUGCUGCCCUCGACAGGGAGACGCAGGACGAGUACACAUUGAUCGUUAUUGCCGUAGAUCAACCGGCCAGCGGUCAACCUAUGACUGGUACGGCUACGGUCUCUGUGAUUGUGACCGAUGUCAAUGACAAUGCACCCACUUUCCGGAACAUUUCCUAUGAAAUGUCGGUCUUUGAGAACCACCCGCUUGGCACAAAUAUUGUAACUGUAAAAGCCGAUGACCCUGACUUGGGAGUGAAUGCAGUGGUUCUCUACCGUAUCAUCAGCGGGAACACCAACAACAUGUUCAUCAUUGACGGUCAAGGGAACAUCAACCUUGGUAGUACUCCGCUGGAUCGGGAAACGCAGGAUCAGUAUAUCCUCAUCGUUCAGGCCUAUAACAGUGACCUGUCAGUGGGCACCAACCAAGUCCCUGUCAUCAUCAACGUCCUUGAUGUGAAUGAUGUCACCCCAACGUUCCAGCAACUGAACUACUAUCGGCCAGACUUGUCAGAGAACUCGCCCGUUGGAACCCCAGUCAUUACAGUCUUUGCGCAAGACCAGGACCUGGACUUGGCUGGAGAUGUGCAGUAUAGUCUAGUUGGUAAUCCCAACUUCUUAGCCAUCAACGGCGAGACUGGAGUCAUCUCGGUCACCGGACCCAUCUCUGAUCUCAACGGGUCUAGGAACUUCACGAUGACCGUCAGAGCCACGGACAAGGCCAGUCCAUUCCUCAGUGGCAGCGCAACGGUCACCGUGACAGUUGUGGACGACACCAUCCUCCUUCCAAUAUUUACCAACACCAGAUAUCCUGCAACUGUCGAUGAGAACGUCAAUGCAGAUACAUUUGUGACCAGGGUCUCUGCGACACUGAAUGGAAGCCCAGCUGGGAUUACUUACACUAUCGAUCCUAACGCCAGCCCUGCUGUCCUGGAAAUCUUCAAAAUUGAUGAAAACACUGGUUCUAUCACCACUGAAGGUGCCAUUGAUCGUGAGCUAGAGGAUUUCUACGCCUUCACAGUCUUUGCCUCCCAUGAGGAUAGCGUAGCGCCAGGAUCCACAUCGGUCUGGGUGACGAUCGGGGACAAGAAUGACAAUGCACCGGUCUUCACUGCUGUACCCUCUUCGCCUGUUAGUAUUCCAGAGAACAUGCUCGGGACUGUUCCUGUUGGAAUUUUCACUGCUACUGAUCAGGAUAUUGGGAUUAAUGCACAGAUGACCUUCUCCAUCUCUGGACCAGGGUCAGAACUGUUUAACGUCUUCCAGACAGCUAGCGGUGGAGGUACUAUCCUAGCAAUCAGUCCGCUGGAUAGAGAGACACAGGACUUCUAUCAACUCACUGUGACUGCUACAGACGGGGGAAACCCAGCCCUCAGCUCCUCCUUCCCAAUCAACAUCACAGUGACUGAUGUCAACGAUAACUACCCAAUCUGGACAAGCAAUGCUUAUGACGGAUCAAUAAAUGAGAAUAAUUUCACCUCCAACCCCAUCAUUACCGUGAUGGUCACCGAUCGCGAUCUUCCAUCGUCGAACAAUUUUGAGUACUUUAUCGUUGACGGUGAUCCAAUGGGGAGGUUCCAGAUUAACAGUAAUGGAGAGAUCACCGUGUCCAGUUUACUGGACAGAGAGGAACAAGGCUCCUAUCAACUGACCAUAGAGCUCAGAGACCAGACCAACUCACCACCAGCGCAGACCACCACCCUAGCACUCAUCACCGUCCUCGACGAGAACGACAACACACCAAUCUUUGACGAGACCAUUAUCAGGGUCAACAUCACCGAGGGGCCAUCCUCUCAGGGUAUCCCAGUCUACAUCAUGUCCGCCAGCGACAUCGACCUGGGAUUGAACAAGGAGAUCAUCUACGCCUUCGAAUCUCAGCAACCCCAAUCCGAUUUUGAGAUUAAUCCUGGGACGGGGGUGAUAUCGACUAUAACUGCCUUGGACUGGGAGAGUAUAUCAGAAUACACCCUCAUAGUGACUGCUACUGACCAGUCACCUACUGAACCAAGAACAGGAACUGCCACAGUGAUCGUCAGCGUCAACGACAUCAACGACGCUGCUCCUAUGUUUGUCCAGGACGUCUAUGGACCGUACAGCGUCCAGGAGGAGGUGUCCAAUGCCUACAUCGAUACCUUCCAAGCCACAGACACAGACCAAGGACUCGCCGGCCAGAUCACCUACAGUGUCAUAGGACAAUACAGUGACCUGUUCUUCAUCCAGUCUCAGACCGGGGUGUUGACUGUCAGUCCUGAUAGAGUUCUAGAUUAUGAGGACAUCACUGCAUUCAACAUCACUGUGGUUGCCACGGAUAUGGGUAACCCUGCCCUCUCCUCAUCUACAAUAGUGGGUAUCAAUGUCAUCAACAUCAACGACCACACCCCGAUCUUCCAAGGCCUCCCUUACACCAUCACCCUCAACAAGAACAUCACAACGGGCUCACUUGCAUACGUUGUCAGGGCAACGGAUGAUGAUGCUGGCAUCUUUGGGGAUGUCCGUUAUCAGAUCACCGAUGGCAACGUUGACAACAUCUUCAGGAUAGAUGAUGUGAUUGAUUCUUCUCGUGGUAUAGAAAGACAGACUGGUGAGGUAUUUGCGGAGGGACAGCUAGAGACCGGUACAUACCGUCUGGUGAUAGAGGCAAGGGACACUCCGGGAGAUGUACCCAACUCAAGAGCUUCCUCUACCACUCUUACCAUCGUUGUCACGGAUAUUGGUGAAUUGGCACCCACCUUCCCCGGCAGCUCUCUCUUCACUGGAAACGUCUUUGAGAAUGCACCAUUAGGACAACCUAUUACCAUGAUCCCUCCAAUAAGAGCAAUCAAUAACAACGCUAAUGGUCAGCUUGUCUAUACCCUCAUUGGACCGGAAUCACAAACGUUUAUGAUUAACCAACUAUCAGCCAUAAUCCAAGUUAACGGACCACUGGACAGAGAGACUAAGGACUUCUAUGAGUUUGAGGUGAUUGUCACCGAUUCCCUUGGUCUGAUGGCGAAUGGUACGGUUCAUAUCAACGUUCUUGAUGUCAAUGACUAUGCUCCUGUCUUCAACGAUUCUGUCUACAACUUCACCAUCCCAGAGAAUUCACCGGGUGGCUAUUACGUUGGAAAUGUAGCAGCGUACGACCUUGACGGGGACAAUGUCAACUUCUUCAUACAAACUGGAGGAGAAGACAAGUUUGAUAUUGGGGCCACCUCAGGAACGAUUACGGUCGCACCUGGUGCAGUGCUUGACAGAGAAGUGAAACCUUUCUACACUCUAACCGUCAUGGUUUCUGACCUUCGUGACCCGCCACUCAGUGGAACUGCCACCGUCUACAUCUAUCUCACCGACAUCAACGACAGUCCUCCAACGUUUGACCCCUCGCUCCUCGAUCAAACCAUUUCCAUCCCAGAAGACACGCCCGGCAACACACUCGUCACCACCGUUACCGCGACCGACGAUGACCUCAACUCGGUCAUAAAUUACCAGAUUGUUUCAGUGUCUGUCUAUGACGAGGAUGAUGUCGACAUCACAUCGUCGUUCGAUUACAGGACAGUCUUCAGCCUCAAUCCGAUUAACGGGAGUAUCAUGCUGACCUCGCCGGUCGAUCGCGAGGUCACCGAAGAGUUUGUGUUCACAAUUUCAGCAAGGGAUCUGAACUCUCAAGAUCCUAUCUUUGGUACAAGCCAGGAGCAUGCCCAAAUCACCAUUCUAAUCACCGACAUCAACGACAAUCACCCUGCGUUCCAGCCUCAAGGCACCACGUUCAUCCUCGGCCAGCUCCCAGAGUCCUUUGGAGCAGGAAGUCCCAUUCCUGGUAACCUGCUAGCCUUAGAUCCAGACCUUGGUCUGAACGGGGAAGUGAUGUAUGUCAUUGAGAAUCCAUCAAGUGUGCCUGUCACCAUUAAUCAGGACACAGGUCAGCUGACCCUCCUGACUACCAUUGAUCGGGAACAGCAGCCUUGGGUCAACCUGACCGUCCUGGCCGUCGACAAGGGCACGCCAUCCCUCAACACCAGCAUCCCCGUCUACCUGGAGAUCAUUGACAACAACGACAACAACCCUGUAUUUGGUAAUCAGUCCUAUACCACCUCGAUCAUAGAGAGUGCCCCCACUGGUUCGUUUGUGUUUAAUGUCAACGCGACGGAUGCCGAUAGCGGAGGCAACGGUCGCGUGACCUACAGCCUGAUCGGAGGCAGUGGGAAGUUCACCAUCAAUCCAGAUACGGGAGUGAUCACGUUACUUCAACAACUUGAUAAAGAGACCCAACCCCAGCAUAUGCUGACAGUGUUUGCUAGGGACAACCCAGGGGACUCGGAAGACAGUAGAACAGGGUCGACAACGGUCAUUGUAAAUGUGCUGGAUGCUAAUGAGUUACCACCCGUAGUGACCCCGCCCAUCUUCACCAUCGAUGAGGGUGGGGCGGCGGGUGACCUUGUAGGGGUCAUUGAAGCGUUUGACCCCGAUCACCCCGACGACCCGAAUCAGUCGCUGUACUACGUGAUUGUCAGCUCACAACCUGAAAUUGGUAGCACCCUUUUCACCAUCGACAAUGCUACCGGUUCAAUCUUAACAACUGUUCCUCUGGAAAGAGAUAACGGUCUGCAUCCAGCAAAGGUUGAUUUAAAUCUAAUUGUCUAUGAUGGAGGCGACCCCAACCUUGGUACGCCGGUCACCGCCAUCAUCUACAUCAACGACCUCAACGACAAUCGACCCAUGUUUGACCUUCCUCUGUACAAUGUGACCGUCGUCGAGGGUCAGUACAGUGACCCCAUCAUCACGGUUGUGGCCAAUGAUCCGGACGAGAAUAGCAACCUCCGGUAUGAGAUUCUUGGCGGGAACCUAAACAAUACAUUUGUGAUAGUUGAUGGAGGCUUGAUUCCAGUCAAAGCCCUGGACUUUGAAACGUUCAGAAACUACAAUCUGACCAUCGUGGCAACCGAUGACAGCGGGAAUACUGAUAUCACCUACGUUGCUGUCACCGUUACGGACGCUAACGAUCACAACCCCAUGUUUGUACCAGAUCUCUACAGUCUUUCUGUCAUCGAGAAUGAACCACCAGGCACACAGGUCGGAGUAGUGACUGCCGUCGAUGGUGACACUCAUCCAGACUACACCGAUAUCAUCUACACCAUCCUCACUGGUGAUAACCUUGGGAACUUCACCAUCAACACCACGACUGGCGUCAUAACGACCGCCACCAUCUUGGACCGGGAGAAGACCAGCGAGUAUGUACUGACGGUUGGAGCUGAGAACCCCGUUGGAGGCACAACUGCAACAGCAACGGUUUCAAUCAUCGUAAGAGAUGUCAAUGACAAUACUCCAGUCUUUGAGGAGAACCCUUACACCUCUACUGUCACCACCAACACUCUCCUAGUGGACGUCCACGCUGAUGAUCCUGAUGAAGGGGGCAACGGCAUCGUCAUCUAUGAGAUUGUAUCAGGAAAUGAUGAUAAUCGCUUCACCAUUGACAACAGGACUGGGGUCAUCACUCUUGUUAACCCUCUGGAAGGUCAACUGGUCAAGAACUACACCCUCGUGGUCAUCGGUCAUGACCUCGGAACCCCUCGUCUCCAGAGCAACACCACUAUUGACCUCGUCAUCAACUACCUUGGCCCCAACGCCCCUCCAUCCUUCGUAAGACCAAGCCAGGGCUCUACUGUCACUAUAACAGAGAACAAUGCUGCUGGUAUGUGGAUUAUUGAUGCUUUCGCUGUGGAUAAUGACUUUGGAGAUAAUGGAGUGGUGGAUUACAGCAUCCUACCAAACUUUGAUUUUAAUGAUUUCAGCAUCGACCCAGUAACAGGGAACAUCACCAUACUUGUGUCAGCCGAUAGAGAGAUGAAAGAUUCAUAUACUUUGACAGUAGUAGCAACAGAUCGGGGUAACCCUAGUCUUUCAACCAGUUCCACAUUUGUCAUCAGAGUUCUUGAUGAAAAUGAUAAUGACCCAGCCUUCCCAAGACCUGAUGGAAUGAACAAUCCAGUUGUGCUGAAUCUGAAUGUCUUUGAGAAUGCAAACGUCAGCGAUGUCGUCGGAACCGUCAGUGGUGCUAUCGAUCUAGACUUGGGGGCCAACGGGCAAAUAUUCUACCACAUCGUUGAGAGCACAGUGGAUGGUGUCUUUGUGAUCAAUUCAACGACGGGAAUAAUCACCGUCAACGGUUCCCUGGAUCGCGAGGAUAUCGGCGUGCACACGGUUCUCGUCAUGGCAACCAAUGAUGCUACCUACAACGGAACGGGACCGUAUAACGUCUUGGACAACAUCUCUUUGAAAGAAGUUGAGAUUACCUUGUUGGACAUCAACGACAAUGCACCUAGGUUCACAAGCACUGUCAUAUCUGCUUGUAUUCCCUUUGAUAUUAGACUCGGUAGUAGAGUCGUGUCUGUCUCCGUGGUCGACCUCGAUGGCGGAACCAAUCUUGGCAUCCGAUACUCGCUCACCGCCAUCAGAUUCAUCAACAGCCAAGGGGAGAGUACUGCAGCCAUUAAUGCAUUCAGAAUCAACAAUUUGACUGGUGAGAUCGUCAGUAAUCAGCAGUUUGGAGAGGCCUACUUACAGGGUUACUUCGAUAUGGUAGUCCAGGCGACGGAUAUCAACACCGGACAGUUUGCAGUCUCGUCGAUCAGGCUCUGUAUUCUGAACAACAAUCAGCGAGUCGUCGUGGUGAUUGAUGCAGGAAUCGAUGUUGUCAGGGAUAACAGAGAAAUCCUCAUACAGGUGCUCGAAAACAUCACCGGUGGUAUAGUAUUCAUCGAUGACAUCACAACCUAUCGUGACGAGAACGGAAACAUUGUGCCCGAUCAGACCCAAGUCUUGAUCCACGUGGUUGAUCGGAACACUGGAGAGGUUCUGGAUGCAAACCUCGUCACAAGUCUCAUAGACCAGAAUGCCAUGAGUAUAGAAGUUCUCUUCGAUGAUCUGGAUGUGGUGAAGGUCUAUCCGCUGUUUGGAGGAGGUGGUCUUGGUGGUCUAGGGAUAUUAGAAGCAGCCCUCUUGGCAUUUGGUAUCCUGCUCUUCUUAGGGGCUCUCAUCUUUGCCAUCAUCCUCUGCUGCCUCAGAAGAAGAUUGCUUCGUAAGAUGCAGGGAGGCGGCGUGACCCUAGGUAAAGCCCAUGCUGAUCUGCUCAAGGAAAAUCGCAGCACCAGCUAUCAAGGCUCCAACCCUCUGUGGCUUGAUGCGGAUACCAGCCAACCAGAUGACUGGCCGGAUAGCAUCUCGUUGCUAGGAGGAACGGUCAAGGAUUAUGAAGCUCAGGAAGCUACAAUGAAUUUCCUAUCUGAUGAGAUACCAGUAGAGAUAGCAGAAGAUGCGGUUGUCAUGACGUCCAUGGUCAGUGACAAGAGCAUCCGGAACAAGAUGGCCAAUGGCGGGAUCCACCGCAAUGGCUAUGCAAAUGGCUCUGUCUCAACUGUGAAGCGCGUAGACACCACAAAUCUAAAUGGAGGAAUCCGCACCUUGAAAAACAACGUUUAUGAAGAUGGGACCGUGACAGCACAUAUGGAUCAUCCUUGGGGUGGUGGCGGGGGUCUUACGGAGGAGCAUUACUCUUCCACGACGAGCGUCACUCGGUCGGCACCGCCACCUAGGCGUGACGAAACAGACAGCAGACAGUUCAACUCAUCAACCAGAUCCACAACGGUCGUUCGGGAGAAUCAGAACUCUUUGCGCCAUCGGAAGAUCCUGACGGAGCAGACUGCCGCAGAGAUCCGGGAAAUGCUUCAGGACAUGCCCCCGGCAGACCUAGAACAGGAGAGCGAAAUGGCCGCUGCUGCCUACCGCCAGCAGAUGGCUUAUGAGGCGGAGCUCACGCCGAUUACGGAAGAGGAGUCUGUCUCGUCGAGGUCUACGAACACCCGAGCAAGCAGCUACAGAGGCCAAGAUUCUCUAGAGAGGAACAAACGGAAUGGGACAAUCUCCAAGCAGUACCAGGACCCGAUGGCUAAGUUUGCAGGAGAGUCCUCACUGGAAGAGCAAUACAAGGAGGAAGAGAUUGAUGGGCAGGAUUCCAAGACCAAGAUCAAGUCCUACUCGGCCAAGAGAGUCACGAGCAAGGUGUACUCUGGAAGAGACAUGACAGCCAUCCCAGAGAUGGACUCAGGAGAAAUCACCAUGUCAUCUGUCGGUGAUAUUAAGAUUGUAAACAGCAGGAACAUCUCAUCAUCACCUCAGUCUUGCCCAUCAGAUCAUAUGAUCGGUGGCAUGGGAUCUAAAUUGGCAAUACAAGAUGAUCAUAGUUCGAUGAGUGGGUCAUCGAGUCCACCAGGACGAAGCUUUACCUACCAGGUCUUGCCUGACAGUGGUGGCAGCAACGCUGAAAACCCCUCGGUGGCUUCCCAUACGCUCUCGUCACAGUCCAACGACAGCGGGAGCAGGACAGGCGAAUUCAACCUCGCUAUGAUGGAUGACGAUGAUGACGACGUCGAUGUCGUGGAGGAGAGACGGGUUAGGAGAACGAUCAAGAGGGAAACGAGCGGAGGAGAUGCGAUGGGAGCGAUAGGAGGGGCGGGGCGAGGGUACACAAACAAUGGAUAUAAUGAUGAAGAAAGUGCUUUGUGAGAUAAUAUGUAGAUCUUUUAUUAAAUCUUCAUCUUGUUCCGUGUGCAUUGAGACAGAGCUGCCGAGUAAUAAUGGUUUCAGUAUUUAGUACUCAAAAAUGAGAAAAAUACUGAUGGUUUCAUGCAAAAUGCUGAACUUAAGUUUCAGUUUUAUUUGCUGUUCUGUGGUAUUUCUUUGAAAAUACUGAUUCCCUCACCAAAAUAAGGAUUUUCAGCUUUCUUUGGAAGUAUUCAAAUAUUCUUGCUCAGGUUAGCAGCUCUGUUGAGAUGAUCUUUGUAUGGUAUAUCACAUCUGUUGAAUAUUUGUCUUAAAUUAUUGAUAUUUGUAGAGUAUCUGUACAUGUAUGUAUAUUGAAAUAGCUGUUUUUAUUGUUCUUUUUAUGCCGAACAUGCUUGUGCGCUGAAAGGCUUGCUGGGCUAAGCCCAUGAUAUUCAGAGUCUCUUUGAAAGCUUGUAGAGACAUUAAUAAUGAAUAUGUGAUGUAAAAGAACAUUAAAGAUCUUACAUGAUUGCCUGUUCACCAAGAAAGUUUAUACUGAUGUUUUGUUCGCAUUUCUAAAAGAAAGUUGUGACUCUAGUGCCCUUAUACGUCUCCUGUAGCUCACUGAAGAUUUCUCAUUUCUACUACCUUUGCUUCAAUGUACACAUGGAAGUCUCCUGUGCCUUAAUUAGGCAAUUUGGGCAAACAUAUACCAAAAUGUUAUAAAUGAAUACUAUUUGUAACGUUUUUUCUGUGAUUGUCCUUUUCACGUUUAUACACACACACAGACUUGUUAAAGAACAACCUUUUUUAGUUGAAAUAAAGUUUCUGUGCUGAAAUAGGAUAAAUGAGGCAAAACAUGUUAUUACGACAAAUAUGAGAAAUAUUUGUGGAAACUUUUUAAGUAUUGUUGUACCCAUUUGUGUAUAUUUUCUUUGCUAUAUAUAUGUUUAUUACUUUACCUCAGAGUGUAGUAAUAUUAAUUGAAGAAGUAUAAAAUAUGCUUAAUCAUAGAAUACCAUACCAUCAAAUAAAAAAACUAUUGGUUGAUAAAUUAUAGAUUCAAAAUUUGCAAAUGAAAAUGAAAUAUAAUAUUGAACUCCAAUGUCAUUUGUAUAGGUAAAAGUUAAUUUACAUAAAUGAUUGUAAAAUAUGUUUUUCGUAAGUGUAUGAAAUCAUGUAAAAUUGUGUAACUGUUUAAGUACUUAUUGCAUGAGCAUAACAUUUUAAUGUCGGCUCAUUAUUUGUUACUACAUUUGUACAUUCUAGCUGCGUAUAAUAGAAUAUUUUUAUACUUGACCAUCACUAGAGCUCAGUCAGUACUAUAUAUCGUGUAUAUUUUGCAGACUUUAUGAUUUAAUAUUGAUAUUGAAAAUUAUGUAUUCUUAUUCAUUAGAUGAGUAAA